AUGCACGGUAUCACGCUCCAGCUGAACGAGCCAGAAUCGACAGUUGGCACUCCAUCGAAUGAUGCUGACCGAUGGGACCGGCUCAUUACUCUCUGUAACGAAGCCAUGAAACAGUUAGAAACAUCCAAUGCCGUGGUUUUCACCUACUCCACACUCAGGCGCAGAUGCCGUAAUGUUCUCUGUGUAGCGUCCUAUGAGUAUCUUACAGUGCAAAUUCACUUCGUCCACUUCAAGGUUGGCGAAGAACACAUAAAAGCACGAAUUAAGGCCCGUGUAGGUCGUUACAUGAAGGCGCGUGUAGUCCAGAACCAGAUGGAAGCCCUCGAGGAACCAGCGCAGGACGAACUUGAUGUUGUCAAGGUCGAUGUGCAGCAAGAAAAGGAUGUCGUUUGCAAUGAUGCCCUGGCUAAAACCUAUGCUAAGUUGAAGGAGCUGGGAGCACUAACAGCCAACGCUAUAACCACCCAGUGGCUGCUCCGAACUCAGCAGCUAAUCUUGGUGCGAUAG